AUGUCAGCCAGCGAUCAUCAUGCUCCUCACGACAGGCCCAACUUUCCGGUGCGCUCCUGGCUGCGCUCUUUGAUCCGCAAACCUUCGGAUCACCAUGACGACGCAGGGGGUGCGGGUUCUUCGCACCCGACCACAGAAGGAACGGACAUGAUCUCAUUCCAUCAUACCAUGGAAGACGUCGAGCGUCCAAGCUUUGCACCUCCACCAAGAUCCUUCAGUGGAGGCUCCGGCAACGGGCCUCUGUCAUACGAGGCGGCCGCGCGCAGGACAGCGGCUCAACCUAUCGCAGCCCCAAGAAUAGGCGCAGCACGUCUCCCUGAGAAUCCGUCGCCGCAGGACAGUCUCGCCACCUCGCCCGUUCCCAUCACAUCACCGCCGAAGAGCCCCAGCUUCAGCCGCACUUUCUCGAAUGGUGUCGUGACACUGACGGAUCGCGUCCUCCACCAGAGACGUGCGAGCGAGACUUUUCGUAGGAUGCGGUCCGGUAGCACAUCGAAAGAAGCAGAAGCCAAAUCUGAUGGUCUUUUCCGCAGCUUAUCCAGGACGCCAGAUGGAGCUGCGCAUCUGCUUGCUUCACCUCCAGCAGUGUUCCAGAAAGAUGAGGCCGUCUUGCAACCGCCAGCCGACAGCACCGACAGCCUCACACGUCCAUGUAGCUCGGCUACCCAACGGACUAGUCUACAGGCCUCCGAUGCGCAAAGAUCAGCAUCAAUCGCUUCCACGUCGUCAAGUGCCGCGAGCCUCGCUCCAAUACAAGGCCCCAGGCGAGCCAGCACAUCUAACAGCGAUGCUCCGAACGACCUCCUACUGCCUGAGGGUGAACAGAUGCUCAAAGUCACCCACAAGAAAGUCAAACCUCGCACCUUCAAGCUCGAUCCCGAUCGUGGUCAGAUCCUGUGGGAAUCCAAGAAGAACAACCGCGUCAAUCUUGAAUCGAUUCGCGAAGUGCGCUUCGGCCCCUCAGCGGCGUCCUACCGCACCUCGCUCAACAUCUCAUCUGCUCACGAGCCUCGAUGGCUCACCAUCAUAUACCAAAACGGCGGCAUCUACAAAGCUCUGCACUUGAUUGCGCUUUCGGAUGAUUCGCUCUCACGAUGGCGAGCCAGUCUGCUCCAUCUUCAGUCCCUCCGCAGAGAGCUCCUCGGCGCCGCCGGCACAUCAUCGAGCAUCGAACAUCGUCGCCAUCUGUGGAUGCGUCAUCACUGGAAGGAUGCAGAUCAGUCCAACGACGAGAAGCUGUCCAUCGAUGAGGCCAUGCUGCUCUGUCGGCGUCUCGGCAUCGAGUCCAACAAGGCUCAUCUUCGGCGCUGCUUCAAUCUUGCCGACUGGCGCAAUCGUGGCUAUCUCGACUUUCAGGACUUUCAGCAUUUUGUCUCGCUACUCAAGCAAAGAGCGGAUAUCCAGACCAUCUUUGCGGCCUGGGCGGAUCUCACCCUUGAUCAGUCUCGACACGACUCCCUUCCGACGUCGUCAUCAAAUGAUGACCUGUUUUUGGCAGACCAAACUUCGACACCAGGAAUCUGCUCAGAAGUCGAUAGCCAGUCCCGAGGCGCCGUGCCAUCCGUAGAGAGCGCUCCGGCAACUCAAGCGCAGCCGUGCCAGACUCGUGCAAUCUCUGUCGCGAGUUUCCGCCGCUUCAUCCGUGAAGAGCAAGGCAAUCGCGACUUUUCCGACGGUCAAAUCGACGAUCUCUUCCGUCGUCAUUGCAACAGCCGCCUCUCGACCUCGCAUAUUGCCGGUGAGCUCGCGGAACGGGCUCAGAUGGAUUAUGACGGCUUCCUCGACUUCCUUUCCUCUUCCGACAAUCCACCUUUGCUCGAUCAACUUCCAUUGUUCUCGACGGUGGUCGCCGACCACACGGACGUGCCUGUGCUUGGAAAGCCAGCCGUGUCUACCUCGACCGACAAAGAGGCGAACAAAGAUCCGCAGCCGAGCUCAAAGCAGACCGGCCAACAGCAGACGCCCUCGCGUGCCUUUGCUGAGACAGCGGAAGAGCUGAUUGCAGCCGGUGCGAGUGACUCCAUGGCAAACACUCGGAAGAUUGCCGCACAUCUGCGAAAGUCGACCGUCCAGCACGACAUGACACGGCCGCUGAGCGAAUACUACAUCAGCUCAAGUCACAACACGUAUCUCGUUGGAGGGCAGUGGAAGGGCGAUAGCACGGUCGAAGGAUACAUCCGUGCUCUUCUGCAGGGCGCACGCAGCGUUGAGCUCGACUGCUGGGAUGGGCCGAACAAUGUGCCCCAGAUCACCCACGGCCGCACCCUCACCAGUCGGGUCCCGUUUCAGGACGUCAUCAGCGCCAUUGCUCGGUACGCCUUUGUCACCUCGCCUUACCCGCUGAUCCUGAGUCUCGAGGUGCACGCCGACCCACCGCAACAAGAAGCCAUGGCGCGGAUUCUCAAGGACACGCUCGGCGAGAUGCUGUUGAACCAACCCCUUGACUCGCAGCAGAUGCCCAGCGCUACAGAAGAGCUUCCCUCGCCCGAAAAGCUCAAAUUCAAAGUCUUGGUCAAGGCGAAGAAUGUUGCGGCAACCGACGGUCAGCGCCCAGAGCUGCCUGCAAAGGCAUCACCCAGCGGCGAUGCAAUGUCGUCCACCCACCCGGACGGCACCAAUGUGGUCCCCACGAUGGUGCUUGAGGCUCCCACAUCUGCUACAGAUACUCCAACGACCACGACCGACUCUGAGAUCGACUCCCGUCUUUCGAGCGCCAAGCAGCUCGUGCGACGCGUCACUCGACGUGCUCAUCGCGGAGACUCCAAGCAUGCAGCAGCAGGCUAUCGAUCUGGAGAUGCACUCGACGCAUUUGGAUCGAUCAGCGAGACCCGCAAAGACUCCAAGGCGGCGAGUCGCAGCGAUAAGCAAGCUAAAAAGAUGAUGUCGACCGCACUCGCAUCUCUUCUUGUCUAUACGAUCGGCGUCAAGUGCCGCGGCUUCAACAAGAAGGAGACGUACGCGAAUCAGCACAUGGUGUCCUUGUCAGAAAAGACAGCGCUCAAGAUGAUCCGCGAUGCCAUCUCGAACGAAGCGCUGAUCAAGCACAACCGCAAUCACCUCACCCGCGUCUAUCCGUCGAUGACGAGCUUCGCCAGGCUACACGCCAGUCGCAAUUUCGUCCCGCUCGACAUGUGGGCAACGGGUUGCCAGCUCGUCGCACUCAAUUGGCAAACGACUGAUCUAGGUUUUGAGCUCAAUCAAGCUAUGUUCAGCCGUAAUGGCCGGUGCGGGUACGUGCUCAAACCAGCAGCGUUGCGCACCAAAGAGCAAGGCAAGACGCUCACGGGCAAGGCGGUGCGCUUUCGGCUCGACCUCAGCAUCAUCUCCGCUCAGCAGCUACCCAAGAAGAGCAGAGCGGGUGUAGGGAAAGACAAGGAGAAGGAUAAAGGACAAAGCAACAACGACAGUCGCGAACCGAUAGACCCCUUCGUAGUCGUCUCUUUGCUUGCGCCGAGAUGCUGGGGCAAGCAGCCCAAGGGCUUGCUGCAGAAAGUGUCCGCCCACGCAGAUGAGAAGGAGACAGUCAUGCCAUCGAAGCGGCAGCAGAUCGUUCAGAGCGACACAGCAAUGUCCGGCGCAGCAGCCGACCAUGCGAGCAGCGCUUCGGAAAACAGCGAGGCCGCGGGCUUGAAUGAGCCCGCCUCGACUGAUACACCCGAGCGCUGUCAGGACGCUGCCGUUAUGUCAGCUCCCCAAGACGGCUCUGCGGGGCUUAAUUCGGGGUCGGAGGCUGCACCGCCAAACGCAUGCUCUCGAAUCGACGACUCCACCCUGGCACCGACUCAUCUCUUGCGAACACCAACUGUCAAGGGCAACGGCUUCAGUCCCGAAUGGCACACGGGCAUGAGCGUACUCAUCGACGUGCCAGCCGGCGCCAGCAGCGAGGUCAUGGCACUGAUCGAAGCAAGCAAGGCUUCGCAGUCGGGAGAUGCCUUGGCACAAGCGGAGCUGGAUCGACUCAGUCGAGGUUUGCUCGAUCUCUGCUUUGUCCGCUUCGAGAUCUUUGAUGACGACCUACACAAUCAUCAAAGCGAAUUAGUCGACGCAUCCAAGUCGAAGGCUGCAUCCGACGCACGCUUGACGACCACGUCGACGAGUUCGACAUCCCUAUUCGAAUCUGCCUCUCGCCUCUCGCUCGACUCGUAUAGCUCCAUCGGCACCGGUGGAGAUGCAGAAAAGACAGUCAAAGCAGAAGGUGAGCUGCCAAGCGGGAGCAGGGACAGAGAAGACAGCGUCUCAUCCUCUGCCUCGUCCACAUCCUCGAUCGACGCCGAGAGCGUAGCAGCGUACUCGGUAUCCGUGGGUGCCCUGCAGCAAGGCUACCGUCACUUGCCGCUGUACGACCAGCAGCUGUCGCAGUUCCUGUUCUCGACGCUCUUUGUCCAUUCCAGGCUGCGUCUGGUCGGUCUCGUGGACGCUGCCGGGCCAGCCAAGCAUUCGUAA